UAUACAUAUAUCUACCACAACUCACAUAGAUAUAUAUAUAGAGAGAGACACCUAAAAUAAAACUAAAACAAAAACAAAGCAAAAUCCAGGAAAAAAGCAGACAACCGAGGAGAAUCCAAAACAAUAACAACAACAAACAGAAGAAAUGGCAACCAAACAGCCCAGAAAAGUGGCGCCCGACGGCGGCUGGGGUUGGGUGGCUUGUUUUGGCGUUAGUUUGGUCAACUUGGCAACCCGCUCUAUUGAACCCUCGUUCGGUCUGCUCUUCGGCGACACCCUCAAGGAACUCAAUGUGGGCACCACGGGAGCUGCGGUCAUCAUCAGUGCGCUGGACGUAUGCAUGAACUUCUCUGGAUUGUUUGUGGGACCACUGCUUAAGGAGUUCUCCUACCGCAAAGUGGCUAUUGCUGGAUCUUUACUGUGUGGCCUGGGCCUGGCGCUCACAUCGCCGGCGACGAGUAUGGCCCAUAUCCUCAGCACUUAUUCAGUGAUCAACGGCAUUGGGGUUGGUCUCUCUACAUCGGCGGCCUUUGUGGCUCUCAAUCAUUACUUCAAGCAUAAGCGUGGACAAGCAGUGGGUCUCUCGAUGGCUGGUACAGCCAUGGGAAUGCUGAUAAUGCCGCAGCUAGUGCGAAUCCUAUUGGAGGCCUAUGAUUUUCGCGGGGCAGUGCUGUUGCUGGCUGGCGUGGCCCUCAAUGCCACGGUCGGAUCGGUGCUGCUGCAGCCGGUGAAGUGGCACAUGAAGGAGGAGUUCGACGACGAGGAGCUGAUGUGCAUCUCGGCCCUGCCCACCCCGCAGCCCCAGCUGACGGUGGGCGGAGCAGGUGGCGCGGCAUCAGCUGGAGCGCCCGAGUUCAAGGUGAUCAAAGAGGAUGGCAACGAAGAGGAUGCCUUGCCAGAAAUGAACACAUUGCUAUUCCAUAAGCAUAAUCCCCACCAGAACUCGAUGCGCAAGAAUUAUUCUGAAAUGGCCAUGAAUACAAUGAAUGGUACACGUCUGGGUUUGCCAAAGAGGCCAACAUUCCCAAGGAUCAUGUCCCUGGCCGGUGUACAGUCCGCUGCCCAUGGCGCUGAUUCUGGCGGCUAUACAUCACAGGCGGAGGUCAAUGCCACGCAGCUGCGCUGCCGCAAGGCCUCGGUCACCUCGAACCUCUCCUACAUGGACUUCACCGGCUCCAUUCUCCAGGUGCAUCUCAACACCGGCGACGAUGAGUUCGAGCAGAACGAUCGUGAACUGCGACGUGUUGGCACCGCCACGGGCAGCAUUGUCCUCGGCGGUCAUCGCGAUAGUUUCAUUAAGAUGAAACCCACUGAAUUGGAUAAACAGGCCGAGGCAGCCGCUGCCCUUGAUGAGGAGGCUAAGAAGAAGGCCAAGAAAGCAGGCUUCUGGCGUCGAUUUGCCGAUCUUCUUGAUAUUGAUAUGCUCAAGGAUAAGAUGUUCCUCAAUCUGCUGUUCGGUCUUUCUAUCUUCUAUGUGGCCGAGAUGAACUUUAAGAUGGUCACUCCGUUCUUUUUUGCCAAUCUGGGCUAUAAGAAGGCUGAUGUGGCUUUCUGUCUUUCGAUCACGGCCAUUACGGAUAUUGCAGCUAGGAUAGUGUUACCACCAAUUUUCGAUCGUACCACAAUCAAGAAGCGGACUGUUUUCCUAGUUUCCAUCAUUUUUGUGGCACUGACACGUUCAAUUAUGGCUGAGCAGACAGAAUGGACCCAGUUGAUGAUUUGGCUUUCCAUCUGCGGCUUUUUCCGAGGAUCUGCUCUGAGUAACUUUACCUUAACCGUCUCUGAAUAUUGUUCACUGGAGAAACUGCCCUCGGCUUUUGGCUGGCAUUUGGUGGGCAAAGCCCUAUUUGUGAUCACAUUUGGUCCACUAAUUGGUCUCAUUCGUGAUGUGACCGACAGCUAUCCGAUUUGUAUACACACUCAGAGCGUUUGCAUUAUGAUUUGUGCCUUUGCCUGGGGCAUUGAGUAUCUGGUGGAGUAUAUCCAAUCGAGACGUCGCACAGCCGAUGCCGCCCAGCUGCCCACCCAAGAUGUUGCAGGAGCAACGACAACAACAACAACGACAGGACAGAAUGAUGUGAAACUGUAAGAAGCAGCUGUUGGCAUGGGGAAAACAAUGGACCAGAACAAAACAAUGAAGAUGGACUAGAGAGAUCUACAUUAAGGAAGACAGUCUCGCCGCGGGGCGGAGGAUAUCCUCCAGCGAGUACCCAAAAACUUUAAAUAUACAUAUAUACUUAAGAGGUUACCUGCACAAAAAGAGUAAAGAUACUUAAAUGGUUAACUACCACUAAUAGUUAUUCUUAACUCUCUAGUGUGGGUACCUAAAAUCCCCCCAAAAUGUAUUAAAACUCAACUUAGUUAAGUCAUUUUUUUCGUUUGCGCUCUAAUAUUCGUGUUUUUUUUUAAAUAUGUUUAGUGAGACUUGAAAUCUUGGAGAGACAUAAUCACACACACACUCCAUACCACACACAUAUAACAUAUAACUAUAUAAAGAUAUAUAUAGGCAAGAUUUGUCAGUUUUAGUUGUAUAAAUCUCAACAACUGAAAAUCAACCUAAGGGUAUGAACCUAAAGAAACCACAACAAAGUGCGUUUAAUUCUUAAUAAUCAAGAAAAAUCAAGAAAAAAAACCCAUUUAAGUUUCUUAGUUACUUUCAUUUUUUAGCCGUUCUAAUUCUUUUAUGUUUUUUUGCCUUGAAUUGUUCUUUUCUCUCUCUCCCUCUUUUGUUUAUUAGUGAACUUGUAUGUGAUAGUUCAAAGAUAGUUUAUAAUUUUAGAAGUUAAACAUUAAUUAUAGAAAUAAUGAUAUCUGCAUCGGCGCAGUUGUAAUUGCAACUGCAACAACAACGAUGCCACAACAAAAUAAGAAAAAUAAAUGUUGAAAAUUGA